AUGACCGCUCUUGUUCAGAGGCCUCUACGAGGCUCUCGAAUCUCUUCCUUCUACCCUGUGAAAACUCUUCCAACGCUCGCUUCUCUCGACAGCGCUUUCCAACUGCAGGAAUAUAUUUCGCUUCUGAUUCGCCUGGACGUACACGAUGUGGAUUCUAUCGUCGCCGUACCAGGCAAGAUCGGCAGCAAGGAACAAAGCGAUGAAGAAUCCAAAUCUGAGGACAAAGAUGGAGACAAGGAACGGAAAGGGGAAGUUGUAGUGGACCAAGCAUGUUGGAUUUACGAACAGCUACGUCGUUUGGCACAAGAUUUGACCCACCCUCUGAUAACGACGCUGCAGCAAGAAUGCACACGUUUGACGUGUCCAGAGAUGAAGGCUGGAGAAUGGUUGUAUCUUUGUGUUGCUCAUGGUACAGAUGGUGCCAUGGAGCAAUGUUGCGCGAUUGAUUACAUCCUCCACACCUUGGACAGUGCGACUGCACUUCUCAAUUCACCACGAGCGUUCCCUUCACGACUGCACAUCGACAAAACCUCCCAUCGGCACUUUUCUUCCCUCGCUCGGCGACUAGGCCGAAUUUUCUCACACGCAUACUUUCAUCAUCGUGAGGCUUUUGAACAAGCCGAAGCUGAAUCCUCAUUGUACGCCCGCUUUCUUGCCCUCACGACCAAGUUCGAGCUUGUGCCCGCCGAAUUUCAGGUGAUACCACCUCGAAUAUCAGACGCCGAUGCUGAAGUUCAACCCCCGCGUCUUAUGGCAGCGGGUGUGGAUCGCAGUUUAGAGGCAGAGGCAAUACACCGAGAUGAUGUUGAGGAAGAUUGGAUUACCACAGGAGGCAGGCCAAAGAGCAACAGCCCGCCAGGUUUGAGGAACGAAAGUCCUCGGAAGAUUGGACGAAAUAGGACAGACACAAUGAUCUACACUGAGGCGGUUAUUGUUGCAGAAGAACUGGCGAAGGAAGAGGAAGCUAUUGCCCCCCCGGCUGAAAGACUCCAGAGCUUAUCCCCGGAAGCUGUUCACGUCGAAGAACAACAAUCACUUGCCGAAGCGCCUACAGAGGAAUCAAUGUCCCCAGCCAAGCCUUCUCCGCCUGAAACCAAACCCGAACCGCCGUCAGUAGAAGCCGUCCCUUUACCAGCUCCUGAUGCUGCAGAAGCGGCUGCACUUUCGGAACCCGAACAUACUCUAGCUUCUACCGAACCGAGCGUGACACCUUCGUCAGUCCCACCACGAAUUUCCGAGCAAGUAGAGCUCUCUCAGUCAGAUUUGCCGAUUACCUCUGAACCUCCAGUGGACGUUGGAAAGUCAACUUCCUCAUCUACGGGCGAAACCGUUUCACCUCCCUCCGCUGAAGUGUCAUUGUCCGCUGAAACUUCAAAAGCAGGUCCUACCGAGGAAUCAUCCGUGCAGCAUAGCCCAGAGGCAGUCGCAGAAGAAGUCGAUAUUGUCGAAGAACCUAUCGAAGUGAAAACUGAGCCAUCAGUCGUCGAAACGUCAACAGACUCCGUUAAUGUCGCUUCUGAGGCUUCUUCUAAAACCACUGUGGACGAAGUCCCUGUUGAUACUGUGCCCGAAUCCCUUUCAUCCCAUGAUUUGAAAACCUCGGAAUCAGAUUCCAGUUCUGGUGUUCUGGAGACUAAUUUAGAGUCCGUGAAGGUGGAGAACGUUGCUUCAAGUGGAGGUGUAACACCGUGA